AUGGGCACGCCCAUCUUAUGCCCUGAUUCUUAUCUUCUUAAAUUCUUUUUUUUUCUUUGUUCAACCUCAAAGAUUUGCCUCCACCAUGCUUCUAUCAUUGACGAAAAGCGGGUUUUGCAAACGACUGUUACUAAUGCUUAUUUAUGGAUCAUUUGCGUUGCCGGAUUCGUUGGUUCCUCUGUAAUGCUUAAUACCUGCCUUCAGACUCAUAAAAUUCAUAUUUUCUGUGCGCAUGAUUCAUCCGUAUCUCAACAGUCGCACUUGUCCAAUGAAUUCAUGCCUAUCUGCUCUCCCUUGGACUCCUCUGGCUUAGCUUCUCUGCCCCCUGACUACUACUAUUAUCAUCACCAGCAUUAUCAUCAACAUCAACAGCAUCAGCAACCGCACAAUCAGUCCCAGCCUUACCAUCAGUCGUCGGUGUCGCUUGCUGGUGCUCCGCCUGGACUGGCUGGUCCGCAUCGUUCAUCAUUGCCACCCACUGGAGUCAAGCUCGAGUCCACUGGUCGUGUUCGACCCAAUGCUUCUGGUUAUCUUAUGCCUACCGAAGCGAGUCCUGGUCAAAUGAUGCCGAAUAUGGGCUCCAAUUUCACCAUCACGACGUCCAAUUGCGCCAGCUCUGCACCAGUCUCUUCCACAUCCUCUUGCACAACGACUUCUAAUCUUCCUGUCGGCAGUAGCUAUUCGUCUUCCGCUGCCUCUGGAGCCACACAACAUCUAACCUCUGUCAGUUUGACGAACUUGGCUCGACUUUCUCAGUUGUCUGGCUGCAACGAAGUUCCCUUUUAUCCAACCACCUCUUCGUCUUCAUCGUCUUCAUCUUCUUCCUACUCUUCUUCUCCGUCAAACCCACUAGUUGCCAGUGUUCCACACUCUGUACGCGUCUCCAGCCCUCCUCUUGGCUCAUCUCAGUCCAUCUCUUCCGCCUCAGUCAGUUGCUCUUCCUCCGGCCCUCCUCUUCCCAUGGCAACUGUCGCCCCUACCAGUACAGCCAUGUUUGCUCAAAUGCCAAACUUAUCGGCCUCUGGUACCGGAUUCCUGGGCCCCUUCCCAGGACCAGCACAACCACCUACCUACAUUCAAAGUCCUCUGACAGCCUCGCAUUUUCAACCUGCGCCACAUCAUCACCUUUCUUUGCACACUCAGCCACCUCCGCCGGUCUAUCCAACAGGCCAAAUGCUUCCUCAUCCAAGCCUACAUACCCACCCACACGCUUAUCCCCAUUCCCACUCCCAUCACUCCCAUCCAUAUACCCAUUCUCAUCUACACCCGGCCUAUUCAACUGUCUAUCAGGCCCCCUAUCCAAGUCACCAACUUUAUCAACAUAAUGGCCAGACGACAUCACAACAGAUGCCAGUAAUCCAUUCUGCCAUUCCGUCACCGAAUGGAUCCACCCUUGGGUUGUCUGGACCCCCACGCUCUGGGCAAGCCCCUCUUGCAUCGGGUCAUGGUGGCCCGGAAGUCGGGGAGCCAGGCAUGAUAAGUGGACAGCCACAUCAACAGCCACAUCAACAAUCACGACCUCAAUCACAGCCACAGCCACAACCACAAUCAACCUCUUCGCACUACCACCACAAUCACCAACCUCCUCACAGUCAGCACCACUUGGGUCCUGGAUCAAUGGGACCUGCGCCUGGAUCUCAAGUGUACCAUGCUCCUGGUGGCCAUCUGUCCCAGGCACCAAAUCACCUGCACUCCGGACUGCCUAUGGCCUCAACACAAGGCCCUCCGCUGCCACCACCUCCUCCACAGACGUCUUUGGGCAUGCCGAUGCCUCAGACCAUCCAAGUUAGGGCCUUUACUUAUUUUGUCUCUAAUGCAUCAUAUGAGAUUUAG